AUGGGAGAAGACGCCCCGCAGGACACCCCGCAGAAGCAAUGGUGGGAGGAAUUCCCUGAGCCAAAGGCCGAAUGCCCUCGAACGGACCCUUCAAUCGUUGCAAAGCUUAUUGAAGUGAAUGCAGCUUCUGGAAGAAAUGCCCACAGGGACUUUUUGCUAGUCGAUGUUCGAAGGACGGACUGGGAGGGCGGCACUAUCGCCACAUCUAUCAAUCUCCCCGCUCAUACUUUGUAUCAGACCCGUCCUCAGAUCUAUCAGCUUGUCAAACAGGCGGGUAUCAAGAGAAUCAUCUUUUAUUGCGGAAGCUGCGGUAGUCGAGGCCCACGAUGUGCUGGCUGGAUGCAGGACUACCUCGACGAAGUUGAAGAGACAGAGAUCAAGGCUGAAAUUCUGAUUGGAGGUAUCAAGGGUUGGCAGAAGGCGUAUGCUGGCCAGUUGAUGGACUCCUAUGACGAGAAGGCCUGGGAGAAGAAGGAGUAA